CCGCCUUUUUCGGGCGUGGAAAGAUACCAUAAAAAGCCCUAAUGCGCAGGCGUCGUUGAUAACUUUUCCUCGCCCUGGCGCCGCGCAGUCUGACUACUGCACAGUAAGUGGGCCGGGUGCGUUGUAAGUGGGCCGGGUGCGUUGUAGCCGGCGCGGGGUCGAGUCUGUCGCGGCGCCGCGCGCCCUGCGGCUGUUACUGCGCCGCGCGCCGCUCGGCUGUUACAGCCAGGCGCUCGUGACCCUCAGGCCGGGCGGCGCGGGUCUGCCCAGGUUCUCCAGACGCCAAGUCCGUGAGCAGCCGGGAUGUCGAUCUUCACCCCCACCAACCAGAUCCGCCUAACCAAUGUGGCCGUGGUACGGAUGAAGCGCGCUGGGAAGCGCUUCGAAAUCGCCUGCUACAAAAACAAGGUUGUCGGCUGGCGGAGCGGCGUGGAAAAAGACCUUGAUGAAGUCCUACAGACCCACUCAGUGUUUGUAAAUGUUUCUAAAGGUCAGGUUGCAAAGAAGGAAGAUCUCAUCAGUGCAUUUGGAACAGAUGACCAAACUGAAAUCUGUAAGCAGAUUUUGACUAAAGGAGAAGUUCAAGUAUCAGAUAAAGAAAGGCACACACAACUGGAGCAGAUGUUUAGGGACAUUGCAACUAUUGUAGCAGACAAAUGUGUGAACCCUGAAACAAAGAGACCAUACACUGUUAUCCUUAUUGAGAGAGCCAUGAAGGAUAUCCACUAUUCUGUAAAACCCAACAAGAGCACAAAACAGCAGGCUUUGGAAGUGAUAAAGCAGUUAAAGGAGAAAAUGAAGAUAGAACGUGCUCACAUGAGGCUUCGGUUCAUUCUUCCAGUGAACGAAGGGAAAAAGCUGAAAGAAAAGCUCAAGCCUCUGAUCAAGGUUAUAGAAAGUGAAGACUACAAUCAACAGUUAGAAAUUGUAUGCCUGAUCGACCCAGGCUGCUUCAGAGAAAUUGACGAGCUAAUAAAAAAGGAAACAAAAGGCAAAGGUUCUUUGGAAGUGCUCAAUUUGAAAGAUGUGGAAGAAGGAGAUGAGAAAUUUGAAUGAUGGCCAUCAGUCUCUCCAACUAUAAAACACUAAAGUGUUUUUUUUGUUUCCAACAGCACUGUUUUAUUUCUGUGAUCUGCCAAAUACUUGCUCGAACUAUUUGACAAUUUCUAUCUUUGUGUUAACUGUAUACACAAAAAGACUUUCCUACAUAAGUAUAAUAAUGUGGGAUGAUUUAGUUUUAAUUAUAAAUUGGAGUCUAAAACUUAAAGCAAAAAUGAAAAAUCUUAAGAUACAAAGUCCAGAGUACUAUUUUGCUGCUGUCUCAUGCCUUUAUAGCUUUUGAAAAUGAAAGUUAUUUGAGGCAACUCUUGUGGAUAAAAAGUUAAAUUUUAUACAGUAUAGUAAGAUUAUUUGGAAGAUAUGUCUGUAUGACAAAACGGGAGUAUUUGCUGAAAAAGGAAACAUGUCUUAUUUCUAAUUAAUGAAAUUUGUGUAUAGGGGUAACUGUCAUGUCGUAAUGUGAAGCUUGGAUGAUGACUUCCUGAUUAUCUGAAAGGAAGGUAUAUAAUGAAUGUGUAGGAGUUAAAUAAUUUUCCUUGAACAUGCCGCCACAACUUAGAUUAUUCUUGGUAAAAAAAAAAAGUCAUUUAUUUCUAAUUCUUAAAGUUUAUAAUAUAUAUUAAUAUAGCUAAAAUUAUAUGUAAUCAAUAAAACCACUCUUAUUUUUAUUAAACUAU